AUGAACGCAGGAUCACGAAUUCAAGAUGCUGCUAAGAACUGCGACUAUAGGUUCUUCGGCGGCAAGAAACCAGUGUCCUUCAAAAGAAGGGCAGCGAGGGAAGGAAGUUUUGCUGGUAUUGCUUUGAUAUGCAUGUAUACGCACUCAGAUAGGGCGGCAAGUACUAUUGCCCACAAGGCUGUCAUCAGCAUAUAG